CAAUAAAAUGUCAUCUCAAUUGUGGUACGCAAAUAAACAUGACAACGGAAAAGGGCGAGCAACUGAGGCAACAGCUCAUAGCAGCGGUGGUAAAGAAGCGCGCCGCGAUUGCGCGGGCUCAUGCAAUUGUAAUUCGCCUCAUGGAGCCUGGAAUACCCGAACCGGAAUUCCUGUCCCUGCUUUGGGAGAUCGACCCGCCCAACUAUUCCGACAUCGUAGAUGAACGCGAUAUCAAUAAACUGUGUGGCUAUCCGCUCUGCUCCAAUGUCUUAGAAAAUGUCCCAAAGCAAAAAUACAGCAUAAGCUCAUCGAAAAACCAAGUCUAUGACCUGACGGAACGCAAAAAAUUUUGCUGUGGCUAUUGUUUCAAGGCCUCCGAAUAUAUCAAAGCCCAAAUACCCGUGUCACCUUUGUGGCUACGGGAUCGGGAGGUGCGACCUUUGUUCAAAAUUCUACCGAGAGAUACUUAA